AAUGGCGACCUGCUCCUGCCCUAACUCUGUGCUCUGCCUCCUCCCCUCCCUGCUGCUCCUCCUCCAGCUGCCCCCCGGGGGGUCCCAAGAGAGGUUCCGUGUGUUCGGCCCCCCAGGCCCCAUUGUGGCAGAGCUGGGUGAAGAUGCCACACUGCCCUGCUCCCUGGACCCAGUCAUGAGUGCAGAGAAAAUGGAGUUGAGGUGGUUCCGGUCCAGUACCUUCGAGUCAGUGUUCACCUAUCAAGACGGACAGGAACGACAUGAGAUGCUAAUGGCCCAGUACGCAGGACGGACCUCACUGGUGGGGGAAUUCCUCCGUGUGGGGAAAGCUGCUGUGAUCAUCCACGAGGUCCAGGCUGCUGACAAUGGGCUGUACACCUGCUUCUUCAGCAACGGAGUGUUCCAUGAGCAAGCCAGCUUGGAGUUGCAGGUGGCAGGUUGGUGA